AUGCCCACUCAAGUGCGUAUAUUUGCUAUGCCCAAGAGCCUUGGAGAGACUCUAGCUGGCAGUUCACCGACGUCUAUUCCCCGUUCUAUGCCAGAUCUUCCCAACGGCAUUGCGAAAGACGCAUUGGCUCGGAAUCGGAAGCCGUCCGUGCCAAUCAUGAAUGAAUCACCCAAGGAAGGAGGCAUCACCUUCGCGGGUCAGGACAGCCUGCCAAAGCUCCCCAUCCCCGACCUUGAACAUACCUGCACAAAGUACUUGGCUGCCUUGAAACCGCUCCAGGGCCCAAGAGAGCACGCCGAGACCAAGCAUGCUGUACAGGAGUUUUUGAAGCACGACGGGCCGGGUUUGCAAGAAAAGCUGCAACAGUAUGCAGUGGGCAAGACGAGCUACAUCGAACAGUUCUGGUACGACUCAUACCUGAAUUUCGAUAAUCCCGUCGUCCUCAACCUGAACCCUUUCUUCUUGCUUGAAGAUGACCCGACACCAGCUAGAAAUAAUCAGGUUACUCGUGCGGCCUCGUUGGUCGUAUCCGCCUUGGAGUUCGUCAGGGCUGUACGCCGAGAGGAACUGCCUCCAGACACCAUCAAGGGAAAGCCUUUGGAUAUGUAUCAAUACUCACGACUUUUCGGAACAGCACGAGUCCCAACAGAGCACGGGUGUCAGAUAGAACAAGAUCCCGAUUCCAAGCACAUCGUUGCGCUCUGUCACGGGCAGUUUUACUGGUUCGACGUGCUCGAUGACAAUUCAGAUCUCAUCAUGAGUGAGAAGGAUAUCUCUAUCAAUUUGCAGACUAUAAUCGACGACGCCGCACACACACCGAUCCAGGAAGCUGCCAAAGGUGCUCUUGGUAUCCUCAGUACCGAGAAUCGCAAGAUCUGGUCGGGUCUUCGGGAUAUUCUCACAAAGGAAGAAGGCUCAAACAAUGCCGACUGUUUAGGAAUCAUCGACUCGGCACUAUUUGUGUUAUGUCUCGACUAUACAGAACCCACCACAGCUGCACAACUAUGCCAGAAUAUGCUCUGUGGCUCGAAUCAAGUGGAGAAAGGGGUGCAGAUUGGUACCUGCAUCAAUCGGUGGUAUGACAAAUUGCAGAUCAUUGUCUGCAAGAACGGAAGUGCGGGGAUUAAUUUCGAGCACACUGGUGUUGAUGGUCAUACUGUCCUGCGAUUUGCCAGCGAUGUGUAUACGGAUACCAUCUUGCGGUUUGCAAGGAGCAUCAACGGACAAGCCAUGAGUUUGUGGAAGACAACAAGCCCAGAUCCAUCCAAGCGUGACCCGGAGAGUUUCGGAGAUGUCAACACGACGCCUCACAAGCUUGAAUGGGACAUGCUUCCUGAGCUCAGUAUUGCGGCACGGUUCGCCGAGACAAGGCUGGCAGAUCUCAUUGGGCAGAACGAGUUCGAAUGUCUAGACUUCAGUGGUUAUGGCAAAAACUUCAUUACUUCCAUGGGAUUCUCCCCGGAUGCCUUUGUUCAGAUGGCAUUUCAGGCUGCCUACUAUGGUCUCUACGGACGGGUCGAAUGCACUUAUGAACCAUCGAUGACGAAAAUGUUUCUCCAUGGUCGGACGGAAGCGAUCAGGUCUGUCACAGAGGACUCGGUCAACUUUGUACAGACGUUCUGGGCGGAUCAUCCGGCGGAGCAAAAGGUUGACGCUUUACGCAAGGCGUGCCAGAGCCACGUUGAAAAUACCAGAGAUUGUGCGAAGGCUCAGGGCUGCGACCGUCAUCUAUAUGCUCUCUUCUGCGUAUGGCAGAAGCUGAUCGACGAGCAACAAAACAGUUCGAGCAGUACAGGCUAUUCGAGCCCCAUUGACAGCGGGUCUGACAGGGAUUUCAAUUCCCCAGUCGGGAGCCCGGCACGCAACUCUGACUUAUCGAUGGAUGUGGAGAUCAAGACCAGAGAAAGGGGCGACAGCACUGGCUCUCGCUCACGGGAGCAUUUAGUGCCUCACAUCUUUGCCGAUGCAGGGUGGGACAAGUUGAACACGACGAUUUUGUCAACCUCUAACUGUGGAAACCCAUCACUACGGCACUUUGGCUUUGGUCCCACGUCUGGUGAUGGUUUCGGUAUUGGGUAUAUCAUCAAGGAUGAUGGCAUCACCAUCUCCGUCUCCAGCAAGCAUCGACAGACGAAGCGAUUCGUUGAUACCUUAGAGAGCUACCUACUCGAAAUCCGCCGCGUGCUAAGGAUCACGAACCGCCGCGCCACCUCGACGAAACAGACCAGAGCCCGCGAAAUCGACCCGGCCAAGGCCAAGGCUGCGAAGGGCUUGAAGGCACGUGGACGCAUGAUCACCGGUACCGAAGCAAUCCGCAGGGAGGUUAGGUCCGCAAAUGGCACGAGGUCUCCGACCGAGGACAGCAUGACGAUGAGCGAGGAUGAUGAACUGGGUGGAUACGGGUUUUUUGACGCUGGAAUGCUUCUCCAAGCACUCAAGGCUCGUGGCGAGGCUCUCGACAAUGGUGAGGCCAAGGCCUCGGAGAAGGCACGGCGCAGAGAUGUAGGAAAGAGACUAAGGCUUGUUGAAUAUUGA